AUGUCCCAAGACGAUAACAAGAGCAACAAGCCGCGCGGCGUGUACACCGCCUUCCCCUCUCAGGUGGGGUACAGUACCGACGCGCCCCCUUCUCGACCCCCCGCCUCCCCCACCACUCGAUCCAGGAUGGAAGCUGCCUCUGCUUACUCUGUUGUCGAAGAGCCCCAGGAAUCCGCGGUCGAAACGACAUCCUCUCCAAGGUCGAGGCGUCCUUCCAGGAAUACGAGGACCGUUUCCCCCUGGUCUGCGACGAGCGGCCGUUUCACAGAGGAAGAGAAUGCGAUGUAUUCCAAUAUCAUCAGCGACAAGGGAAGCGUCGGGCCUCCUCCUCCGACUGAUGAGGAGGUGCAGCGACAAAAGAGGGCGAGGGAAGCUAAGGCAGAGAGCGGGAUCUUUGGAAACACUCGUAACUGA